UCUGUCUGUGGAGUCGACUGUUAACAAGCUUGUCGGGAGGAUGUGCGCUUAGUUAGUUCCAUCUUCAUCCUCCUCCCGACAACAUCUAAAAAGGAUUUACCAUCAUGGAGAGAUAGUGAAAGUGUUGAACCAAGUUACAUUAAAGUGCCAGUGCUUGAAAAAAGGAAAUCAAGUGAAGCCUCAAUUAGAAAUUUUUAAGAAAAGGUAAAUAAUAUCUUGCAAAUUGAAGAGGAAGAAAUCAUGAGUAGCCGUGAUGUGUUAUACAGGAGUGUGCUGAGGGGAGGCCAGUCGGAGUGUCCACAGAUGUCUAGCGACCUGUCUCCUAUGUCCAAUUUGGCCCUCACUCUCCAUGGUGCCUCCCUCGCCCAGACUCCUAAGAGAAAACUCUCCUUGUCCUCCACCCUAUCAGACACGCCACAGUCCUGUCAUGAUGCCUCAUCUUUACUUUGCUCAAGUUUGUUACAAGACAGCCAUAGCCCUGACUCUACGUCUAGCUGUGAGGAACCUCCUGUCUCCCCGUCACAUCGACUCACCUCCCGUGAUAAGGAGAACUUUCCCUCCCCAUACUACUCCCCUUCCCGCAGUGCUGUUAUUCUUCCCCGCUCCCGUGCCAGCCCACUCCAAGAUGUACAAAAUACUGUCAAUAGAAACCUAAGCUUCAGUCCUCUUAAAAAGAAUUUGCAGUUGGUAUCUCCCUCUAAGAGAGUGUUUACUUCUCCACCCAAGCCGUCCCCACCAGAUGAUUUUGACUCAAACUCGCAUGACAGUGGAUACUCUGAGAGUGGAAAGAAGAUGGAGGGGGAUUGUUUCAGUGUGCCAGUAAGCUGUGCACCACGGAAGCUUAACCUGGACCUGUCGCCACCCAAACCUCGUAUGAUCUCUCCGGUGAAGUCUGUCUCCACUGUUGUCUCAUCAAUUACUCCAGUUCCCACAAUAUUUUCGGCUGUCACCUCUACACCAGCAUCCUCAUCCAGUGGAGCAGAGGGCCGUAGACCCUUCAGAAAGUUCUCAUCACUAUCUAAAGGUGAUGAAGAAGAUACUAUGCUUAUGGAUCUUAUGAAUGAGAUGACCACACAAGAAGAACAGCAGCCUUUAGGUUUCUCUAACCUUUUAUUAGCACCUAUCCAGCCCCCAAGUGCCAACACAUCAUCCCGGUCUAUUUUAGAUGGUCGCCCAUCCAUCAGACGGUGUCUUUCAAUGGUAGACACCACACCUACAUCCUCCAGAGUAGAGAGUAUCUUCAAACCUCCCUCAUUGGAGAACAGCCGGCCCAGUACUGUCUCAUUCAAGCGGCCACAGCCUCCAACAGAUCUCUCCAACUUCUCAGAUUGCAAGCGAAGAAAACCAGAUGAAUCCUGUGAUCAGUUGUCUCCCCUUACCUCCAACGCCUCCACCACAACCGGUGAAAAAAUUCGUACUCCUCUCACACACAGACAAGUAUCUGCACCAGAACCGAGCACUUCUCAAGCUGUCAAGCCAAAGCUUCAGCGCUGCCUUUCUGAAAGUCAUGUUUCUAUUAUGAAGGCAUUAAAUAAAUCCUCUGGCCAUGAUGGGGAUCUUAUAGGGGACUUCUCUAAGCCUGUGCUACUUCCUGUUGUUGAAGGUGGUAAACAUCCAGACCUUAAAGCCAUCAGUGUUGAAACUUUGGCUGAAGUUGUCAGAGGAAAGUUCAACAGUAAAGUUGCUUCCUGCAGAAUUAUAGAUUGCAGAUAUCCAUACGAGUUUGAGGGUGGGCACAUCACUGGUGCAGAGAUGUGGCAUCAUCCAAAAAUGGUUGAGGAAAAUUUGAAUGCACAGAAGGGAGCUCCUGUUAUAGUAAAUGAAGAAGCACCCAGGCAAAUUUUGAUUUUUCACUGUGAAUUUUCUGCUGAACGUGGACCUAAAGCUCAGAGGCUGCUGCGAGAGAUGGAUCGCACAGCAAAUAAGGAACACUAUCCUGCCCUCCACUUCCCUGAGAUGUACCUUCUGGAGGGAGGCUAUAAGGCAUUCUUUGAAAAAUACCCUGAAUUGUGCACACCCAAAGACUAUGUGAAAAUGCUGGACUCAAACCAUGCUGAGGAUCUGAAACACUUCAGAGGCAAGUCUAAGUCGUGGGCAGCAGAGAACAAGCAGUCCAAGAGCCGCACCACACUACCUCGUCCGGGACUCAAAAGGCUCGGGUUAUGAUGACUGCCUGAUGUAUAGGUUUUGUAUUAUACAAAUUCACUAUUUCCUAAAGUGUGUGUGCAAUAUAAGUAUUUUUUGUUGUGUACAGGAUUUUUUUUUUCAUUUUUGUCUAGGCCUGGUUUGCACCGGCAAGGUAUUUGCCUAUGAAUGCCAAAGGAUAAUUUAUCAACUUGUAAAUAAGGUCAAGGUGUUGAGGGAUCCGCUGGUGUGUACCUCGUCUGGACAAAUUUUGUUGAUUUUUUGUUCUUCCACUGUCUUUUUUUUUUCACAUACAGUAAUUUAUGUUUGAUCUGAUCAGUUGUGUGAUCGUUUACAUUUUUAUCACCAUUCCUCAGAUGUUUUGGCCAGUCUUUACCCUGCUUUGGUCGGUGAGGGGUACAAAAUCCCAUUAAGGGUUUGCACAAUAAAAAGAGAACAUCCCAUUAAUUGUAAGAUGUAUGUAUACCAGUUUUAUCAAUAUAUCUUUCCAAGAACUGGUGACCAUAAUACAGUACUGUGAUAAUAAGCAUGAUCCAAAUGCAAUAUUGCCUAUCUUUUGGCUUGUGUGCAUCGGACUGAAAAGAAGAAUUUUAAAAGUUUCAAGUAUUUUUUCUAUUUCAAAACUGUACAAAUCUUUCCCAUAAAUUCAUAUAACGGAAUCUUCGUAGAAUUCUUCUUUUCAACUUGGAUCUUGAGUAUGAUUGAAAAACAAGAUGCAGGUUUCUAUUUUUUUAAGCCUGUAUAUAUAUAUGUCAUCUGUAAUAACUUUGCUCUCUUGAUAUGAGUGGGUGAUAACUUUUUUGGUGACGGGUUACACGGUGUCAAACAUUAUGAAUAGUAAGUCAUUAUUCAUAAGUAAAGUAAAUCUGAGUUAUGUUAGUGUGUUACCAAGGUGUAGUUAGCCCGCUUAGUAUCUGUUCGUCGAUCUCAGAACACCGGCCAUUCCAUACAUAUCAUGGGUUAAAAUGAAUUUGUACCAUUUUUAUACUUUUUCCUUUUAUUGAUAAUUGGGAUUCCCUAAAGAUAUUCUUUUGAUCUAAUGUUUUGUACAAUUAUUCACUCUUUCAGUGUUCAGUAUAAUGAUUUAUGGGGAAUUGGCAUAUUUUUACAAAUUUUUAUAUGCAUCCCUUUCUAGUCCUUGUGUUAAGGUACAAAACCAUUUAAUUUCUUGUGGAAUCACAACCUUGUACCGUUUUCAACAAUACAUGGAAAUUUAAAUUUU